AUAUCGAUUCAACAUGAUCUAGUAAUCGUAAUGUUCAUUUCAACUCACUUGCAGAUAACUCCAGUUUGAAAAUGGGCAAAUAUACAGAAAGGACAGAGAAAUGGCGCUACGUGGUAGCUUUAGGAAAGUUUGUUGUUCAUUUGAUCUAUCCCGGUAUGACGAAAGCUAUGUCUGUUCUUAUUCCGUCCAUGGUCUUCCAGUUAGAGUUAGACUACACAAGGGUAGGAUUCCUAGUGGCAAUGCAAUUCGGCGUCCUCUAUCUUACCUGUCCACUGAGCAAUUACUUGUCAACAAAGUUUGGUCAUCGUCGUGUGUCAUCAGUGGGUGGUUUCUUGUCAGGUGUAUCCUUGAUGGGGGCCUUCUUCAGUCGCUCAGCGUUGUCACUAGGAUGUUCAUUCUUCUUUACAGGUUUAUUCUCGUCACCACUACGUCAGAGUUCAACUGUGAUAUUGCGUGAACACUUCAAGGAAAACUAUGGCAUGGUCCUUACUUUGACACAAAUGGGCGGUCAAGUUGGAGGUAUCAUUUUACCUUACAUAACUGUGCAAUUUUUGAACGCAUACGGAAUGAGGGGGGCCUUUCUCUGUCUCAGUGGUAUCAUGUUCUACCAAACAGCCAUUGGGGCCACAUUUAGGCCUCCUCGGCUAUCUACUGCAGAAAGAGAGAAACGAUGUAACAAUGAUAGGACUGAUGACGAGGAUUCAUCUCUAAUAGCAAGCAGAAAAAAUGAAAUCUCUCUUCAUAACAAAGAUGGUGCACAUAGUCUCAAGGACAGCGAGGGGUCAAGCUCUGAAUGGCGGCUCAAGAAGGCCACAAGGGCAUUGAUUGUAGAAUUUUUUUCAUCCGUUUUAGCUGUGGAUUUUCUGAGGAGGGAGCGCGUCUUCACCUUUCUGUACAUCCCGUGUCAUAUAUUAAGCCACGUUGGCUUUGCCAUUUGGAUAACCUUUUCUGUGUCUUAUGGAGUAUCAAUCGGUUUGCAUGAAAACGAAUCUGUGUAUCUACCAAUAGUGGGAUCUUUAGGAGGUAUUAUUGGUCGGCUGAUACUCAUGAGAACUCUCUACAAACACCCACGCCUUGCACCCCACAUGUUUCCAGUCAACACAGCUAUCACAUCAAUCGCACUACUGGCCUAUCCCAUCAGCUCAUCGAUAUAUCACCUUCUAUUCUGUUCAUUUUUCGCUGGAUUUGGAGUUUACGGGGCAACAUCCACCUUUGAUGCGGCUGUAGCUUUAAGAUACAACAAUCCAGACUUUCCCAUCGCCGCGUCGAUCGUUUUCUGGACGAGUGGGGUAGUGCUUCUGCUAUCCGGAACACUUGCAGGUCUCUUCUAUGAGCUCUUUGGAUCUUUCAAAACUACCUUCAUGUCGACUGGUGCCAUCCUUUCGGUAACUUGUGCGAUAUUUUCUACUUUCCUCUUGGUGGAUGCGAGAUUAAAACGGCACUCAUCCAACGAAAAGAGAUAAAAGAAAUCGUUGAUGGAGCUGAUGAUUCUGAUGAUAGCUGACAACGACGACGUUUAUGAUGAUGGUAUAAUGAUCAAGUCAUGAAGAUGGGCGCGUCGUGGUUUAGUGGUUCUGACCCUUGCCUUUCAAACAGAGGGUCGUGGGUUCGAAUCCUAGCCAUGGCAUGUUUUUCUUCAGCAAGGUAUUUAUCCACACUGAGCUGCACUAGACCCAUGUGGGGUGAAUGGGUACCUGGCAGGAUUAAUUCCUUGAAUGCAUGAGCGCUGAGAGGCUGCUCGAGCUAAAGCCGGGGUAAUAAUAAUAAUUAUAACAAUGCGCCUCGGAAGAGAUUAUUUCUAGAUAUAUGGCGCUAAUGUAAAUGCCUAUGGUGACGAUGGCCCUUAAUACUUAUUAAUAAUUGUAGUGAUUUUUUUACCUGAUUGCUAAAAAAGCAUGAAUGCUUGUAAGCAAGCAACCAGAGGACCGACAGCUUAAUGUCCUCUCCGAGGGACCUGGUAAUGAGAAUUAAUGCCUUUCCAAAGGGCACUAGCGCACAAAGUGGGAAUCGAACCCGGGUCACCAUUUUUCACAACACAAAUCUUAUAUAGAUUAGCAUUUUCAACAUUACGAAUCUUAUAUAUUAUAGGAGGUUUAACCGUGGACCAAUAACAUUUGAGGUGGUAUUCAAUGAUUUUAAAGACUUUAUCAUGAAGAAAUGAUUGUUGCUGUAACUACGUAAAUUUUGUUAAAACUACAUGUUUGGUAACUAAUCAUUGUAACUACCACGAGCAGGGUUUAACGGCUAAUCAAAAUCAAAGUUUCAAUAGUAGUCACCAUCUUGGCAAAGUUCUAACAUAGGUUAUUUAAGGGACGGGUCCGUGAUAUAAUUUGUUUUAUUCUAAUUAUUUACAUUACAUAUUUUCUACCAUCAAAUAAAGGGUUAUAGUGCGUUAUUCCGAAGGUUCUCUCGUUUGUUGUACUUAAGGUUAUUAUUUCGAAAUAUUGAAUAACGUUUGCUAUUCCAAAUAUUCGUUAAUUUAAAAACGGAGAGAGAUUCGAAUACUUCAUUUGGUAUUUCUUUUUUUAAAUUGAGUUCUCGAAUUUUUGAAUAAGAAUCGCAGUUUAUCCUGGUGAAUUUUGAUCCAGAAAUCCCAAGUUGGCUGCAUCCAAUAACGAACACGUAUAGUGAUGUAUCACUUCAUGCCGAACUUAUUAGCGUGAGCUUAUCACUAACUUCUCGAACAAAAACACUGAAUUCGCCACAGUUCAUAGAUGGUAUAUGUUACAGUUUCACAGACAUAGACCUUCAUACAUUUUAUGCAUGAGAGUAAUGGAGACUUGUUGGUUUAUGCACCUACACUACUAUUCUAACUCAACGAAUCUUUGGAAUAAGAAACCCUUCUUUCAUUUCGCAUAAACAUCCGGCAAACAUUUUGUAACUAGGCCUAUAGUUUGAAACUUUUUUUUCAUAUUUUAGUAAACUAAGUAAAUAUUUUAUGAUUACUGAAACUUGAUGAUAUCUCUAUUAGGUCUUAGACUGUCUAAUUUCAUAUUUAAAUGAUAUAUUUCAUACUUUAGUUUAAUUGUAAAAUUAUCUGUUAUGAACAAAUUACACGAUCAUUAAAUUCAGGGAGACUCGUUGUUCAUUUCUAUCG